UCGAACGCUCGCGAGUUUGGCUUCCGCAAUUCUUUCCUUUUGGUCAUUCUACCCUUGUGCACUCCGCUAAUGGUGCUGUUCCUUUCAACUUUUACGUUUCCAGCACUUGAAUUCCCUCAUCUUCUUUGAAUCUUCAAUUGUCAAUUGAUCGAGCCGUCCAACGGGUUUCCUUACGGGAGGUCCUUCGGUAUGCUCAGAUUCUUCUAGCUAAUCCAUGCACGCUUUUUCAAUCCUCACGCUUGGGAUCUUUAUAGCGGGAUAUAUUACUGCGCGGUGGGAUCUGGUUACUCGGUUGUAUGAGCUUGCCAUCUUUGCUUGGGAUCACGGAGUUGUUACUCGUGCAACCAAAGGUUUUGCAAUCCUCUCGGUCUUCUUCUUCCUGCUCAUCCUUCCUGCUGAGCGACUCGCGGCUCACGAAACAAUCUUGCAUCCUCGAGUUGAGGGCGGCGUUAUUAUGCUCGGAGGUCACAAAUUGAUGAGAGUUUUCUGGCCAUUGGAUAUCAUUCGAACUGCCUCUACAGGUGUCAUUGUUGGCUGGAGGAAUUCCGAUCUGGACAUUGUAGUCGUUACGGUCCUGGAAGAUGUUGAAGCACGGAGCGUCGAAAAUGCGCUUCGAAUUGGUACGCUUUUUCGCGGAAGCCCACACCCAGUUGGACGAAUAUACCAGCUUUGUGGUAAGGUAUCGAUGCAGGUGUUGGGAACGCUGAACCCUUCCAACCCACCACCGACGACUCUAUUCAACUCGUCGCAUAUAUUUGCCUUCACAAAUGCUUCAUCGCAGCCCCCUCGGAUUCAUUGUCCCCAGGACUCCGCCAUUAGCGUGCAAAUCAUAUUGUUCGAGAAGCCUCAUCCGACUCGCAUGCAAUUCAUGUCUCUCAAUCCCAUGUCUUUGGCGCUUGACGACAAACCCGGUCAUGCGGUGAACGGCUCUACUGCUUUGGACAGCGUCGAUCUAGAAGCUGAAAAGGAAAGACAGCGGAAAUCCCGGCUCGUUGAAAAGAUCGGUUUGCAUACAGUCGUUCGACAUCCCCCAUCUGAGAAGGAGCUGGCCCUCCCGGCAAUACUCACCCAGAUCAACUGUUCGUUCGAGAUGGGUGCAUUGCUUCGAAAAAACAUUGGGCUGGUAGGUGUCAGACCGCGGCGACAUCUGAGUGUCAGUGAGAGGGUGGUUGAGUCGGCAACGACCAUGUGGGAUAAUGCUAUUCUUGGGCUAACAAACUCGAUCACCAUUUGGUUGCUACCAAUCCUCAUCAAAGUGUUCAUAGUCUUUCUCGUUUUCCAUCGCGCCAUGGCAGAAUUGAUCCUCAGGGUCUUGGAAUGGCGUUUAAGGCCGGAAUUUGCUGCUCUGAAGGACAUAUCUGCUACCGCUCAGCAAGUCGACAUUCGGUUGCAGCAGUUUUGCUACUGGCCUAUACAGUAUCUCACAUUACGGAGUCGAAAAGACGAUUGGGAAAGUAUUACGGAUAGCCAUCCCGAUUAUAUACGAUUCUACAACAGCCUUUGGCUUGUCGCAAACGAUGUAAUUAUCGGCAUCGCUCUCGGAUCGUACAUUAUUGAGAAUGCGGAAUGGGUUGCAUAUCAGAUUGAUAGUAUUCUCUCAUCCUGGACCAUUGAGGGGCUUCAAAGAAUGAUAUCAUGGUUGAUGUUUUGGCCAGCGGGCUUAAAGCUCAAUACUGAAUUAGCUGCAUUCCUUGGCGAUUUGUUCCUCUGGGUUAUAGAUUACUGGGCAGGCUGUGUGGCGAACCUGCGACCACUCCUGCCUCAGGUGAUUUAUUUUAUCGGAUUCUCCAGCUUCGCUGGCGCCAGCGUCCCUAUAGCUCUCUUUUCGGAUCUCCUUUCUCUGCUCACGUUGCACAUCUACUCCUUUUAUAUCGCUUCAGCACGUAUCUAUAACUGGCAGCUGACGAUCAUUAUCUCAUUGUUUCAUCUCUUUCGGGGAAAGAAGCGUAAUGUGCUCCGUAACCGAAUAGAUUCUUGCGAUUAUGAUCUUGAUCAGCUUCUACUGGGGACAAUUCUGUUCACACUCUUGUUCUUUCUGCUUCCAACUGUCGCCGUCUUUUAUCUAACUUUUGCGUCGGCUCGAAUGAUAAUCAUCUCUCUCAAGGCUGCAUUAGAUACCCUUUUGGCCUGCUUGAACCAUUUCCCCCUUUUUGCACUUAUGCUUCGAGUCAAAGAUUCUAAACGGCUACCUGGAGGCAUUCGUUUUGAGCUUUAUGAUACCCAAACUGCGUCAACUUCUUUGCGCCAGGAGUCUAAUAUGCCACGAACUUCGUACAUUAGGCUGAAGUCUGUCCCACUUUCUCUACGCGCAAUGUUCCAACAAUAUUUCCAGCUCGGUCAUCGCUUACGCAAACAUUACUUGGCACCACAUGUCAGUUUCUGUCUUGUCACUGGGCGUUUCGUCCCACCAAUACAUCGCCGAAAUCUCUACAGUUUACAGUACAGCAUGCUUCCUGCUACACGGGCCAGCAUUGCCGAAGUGUGGAAGAGACUUACAGAAAGGCCAGCCAAAGCAACGCGUGUCAGAGUGUCGCAAGGCAACAUAAAUUCGCGGCGCGGCUACAAGGAAAGCGCAAUAUUUUGAUCAUAUUAUUUCAGGUAUAUUAAAUGAGAACAAUUUUUCUCGUUCACGAUUUCAAAGUGACAAAUAUUUUUCCAAUGUGGUCUUGAAGAGUUUAAUAUUUUCAGUGAUCAACUUUAUUGCUAAGACUACAGUUAAUUCUACCUGGACACCGCCUAAUACUUGAUCAAUAAAUGGAGCUGCGAUGUUAGCCAGGUCUGCAAAAAUAACAACGAAGAAAAUAUGAAAGGGUCUAGCUUCACUUAUCUCGUCACACAUGAUCCUUAAACCAACGCUGUCUCUGGCUCGCAUAACCACCCCACCAACAGUCUUCGCAAAUCGUCCAUCUCGUCGCGUCGCGAGGAAACAAAGGCAUCCUGUUCAGUCAGUAUGCAUGGAAAUUCUGCAAAGAAAGAAAUACAAGAGGAGAGCAAAAAAGGAAUACAAAAGAAACCUUCACUUACCGCUGAGCGACUUACCUUUUCCCUUGGCCUCCUUGACCAUUGACCCCAAG